GGUAGUUUUCUCCCCCUGACUCAUGUUACCCAACAUGCACCAGCACUGUCAUCCUCGUUUGUAAUCAUAAAUUUUGUAAAUUUUUAACAAAAUAAUGACUUUAUUCUCAUUUUAUAUUGACAGAAUACAAUAUCAGACAUUCUUACAAUCAAAUGCAUCAUAAAAUGUGUCUUUGCAUUACCGCAGUCAACAACUUAAGAUAAUUUUCUGUAUUUGUCUGCGGAUGAGGAUUGUCAUUUUCGUAGAGGAUGGCCUCCGUUAACGUUAGCCUGGAUGAUAUAGAUUUAUCUAGUCUCAGAGAUCCUGCUGGAAUUUUUGAUUUGGUUGAAGUGGUUGGAAAUGGAACUUAUGGACAAGUUUACAAGGGUCGUCAUACUAAAACAGGACAGUUGGCAGCCAUCAAGGUUAUGAAUGUGAAUGAGGAUGAAGAAGAAGAAAUUAAAUUAGAAAUAAAUGUUUUAAAGAAAUAUUCCAACCAUAGAAAUAUUGCUACAUAUUACGGGGCAUUUAUAAAGAAAAGUCCUCCAGGCAAAGACGACCAGUUAUGGCUGGUGAUGGAGUUUUGUGGAGCAGGAUCAGUAACAGAUUUAGUAAAAGCAACAAAGGGUAACACAUUAAGAGAAGAAUGGAUCGCUUAUGUUGCAAGGGAAAUACUCAGGGGUCUAGCACAUCUUCACCAGAACAAAGUGAUCCAUCGUGAUAUUAAAGGACAGAAUGUCUUGUUAACAGAUAAUGCUGAAGUCAAACUAGUUGAUUUUGGUGUAAGUGCUCAACUUGACAAAACCAUUGGUAGAAGGAACACAUUUAUUGGAACCCCAUACUGGAUGGCUCCAGAAGUGAUAGCCUGUGAUGAGAAUUCAGAAGCUACUUAUGACAAUAGGAGUGAUUUAUGGUCAUUAGGGAUUACUGCAAUAGAAAUGGCUGAAGGCAAGCCACCACUCUGUGAUAUGCAUCCAAUGCGAGCCUUAUUUUUAAUUCCCAGAAACCCCCCACCAAGAUUAAAAUCCUCAAAGUGGUCAUCGAGAUUUCAGAAUUUCGUAGAAACUUGUUUAAUAAAAGAUUACACACAGAGGCCAAAUACAGAAAACCUGCUAAAACAUCCAUACAUAAAAGAUCAACCAACUGAGAGACAAGUCAGGAUACAACUUAAAGAUCAUAUAGAUAGACAUAAAAAGAAUAGAAGGACUGAUGACCAUGAUACAGAGUAUGAAUACGAGGGAAGUGAUAAUGAAGAAGAGGAAGACAAUACUACACCUGGGGAACCAAGUUCAAUAUUACAAAUACCAGGGGAAUCCACAUUAAAACGUAACUUCCAGCUUAUACAACAGAGAGAGGGUCAACCUGGGGCAAAGCCCACAGCUCCACCACAACAGAUUCACAAUCAGCAACACAACAAAGGUCAAAGACCUCAACAACAACAAGGUCAAAGACCUCAACAACAACAAGGUCAUAACCAUAGAGAUAAUGGUGGACAUAGACCCCCCUCAUCUCAUCAGGGAUGGCCAGUUUCUAGUCACUUCCAAGCUCAGCCAGUUCAUCAACAACCACAACCACAGAAACAAGUCCCUAGACAGUCCCAGAUUAUAGAAGAGGAAGAGGAUCAGAAUGAGGAACCAGAGCAGAGACCAUUAAGUGCUGGUCAUAAACCACAGGGUGACCCAAGGAAUCAAUUGAACAGAGGUCAUAAUAAAAAACCAGAGGAUUUAGAUGUGCUAGCUGCCCAUUUAAAUGAGUUAGGAGCUGCUGACAAACCAACCACGACCGUUCUUGUAGAGGAUGACCGGUCAGAUGAUGAGGAGGAAGAGGUGGUCAACCGUGACGGUACACUGUUAGCCUCUGAGCCUGCUCGUCCUUUACCUCCUGGUAACUACAGUCAAGGCACAUUAGAAACACUUUCUUCUAUGGUUGAUGACAACACAUUACAAUCUAUGAUUAUACAUGAUGUAAUAGUUGACGAGGAUGGAAGUCCAAAGCUGAAGAAUAAAGAUCACACUCGGACAAAGGAAGACGAUGAUACAUUGGUUGUAAGAAGGCAUUUAAGAUCAUUUAGUUGGUUUAAGAAUAAGUCUGACACAGCUUUUGUAGAACAGCAACAUGAAAGAAAUAGAAAAAGUGAAGCUGUCCAGCGAUCAAAGCCACCACUUGCCAAAACAUCAUCCAAUUCUUCUGCACCCGGUGCAAUUAGUGCUUUCCAGUCCCCACGGCAUAGUGCUAGCAGUGGAGCAUUACCAGACUUACUGCCACCCCACACACCCCCACAGUCACGAUCCCCACCAACACCACAGAGACCACAAGACAAAUCCAGUUCUGAUGAGGUAAGCAUUAAGUAUCGACAGGCUGUCAGUCUGUCCAGUCAAUCAAUACGACACCAGAGAUCUUUCUCAGCCUUCGGUUUCGGCGCUGGCGGUUCAACAAUUGGUUCACAAGCAUCUCGACGAGGUUCAUCACAAAUCAAUGUUAAUGUGACACCGACACAAACAACAACAGAAACUGUUGGUGAUACUCCAGAAAUUAGGAAAUACAAGAAAAAGUUUACAUCAGAUAUACUGUGUGCUGCAUUAUGGGGUGUCAACCUGUUAAUUGGUACAGAAGCUGGUUUAAUGUUGCUGGACAGAAGUGGUCAAGGAAAAGUGUACACAUUGAUUUCACGGAGACGAUUCCAGCAGAUGGAGGUUUUAGAAGGUCAAAAUAUACUAGUCACAAUCUCCGGGAAGAAAAACAAAAUCCGAGUGUUUUAUCUUUCGUGGUUAAAUAACAAGAUAUUUAAAAAAGAAGUGAAUGAGAAAAGAGCAGGAUGGGUCAAUGUUGGAGAGUUAGAAGGAUGUGUUCAUUUUAAAAUAGUUAAAUAUGAGAAGAUCAAGUUUUUAGUGAUAGCUUUACUGGACAGUAUAGAGAUAUAUGCCUGGGCACCAAAACCUUACCACAAGUUCAUGGCAUUUAAGUCAUUUACAGACUUAGCUAAUAAACCACAGAUAGUUGACCUCUUAGUAGAAGAAGGUCAAAGAUUAAAGGUCGUAUAUGGAUCAAAUUGUGGAUUCCAUGCAAUAGAUGUGGAUACUACAUCAAUAUACGACUUAUACAUUCCCUCACACUUCCGUGGAAAUACAGACACUACCCACCAUACAGGUGUAUCUUUUUAUGUAAACCAGACUCAACUUCCCAUAACUCCCCACACCAUAGUAGUUUUACCCAACUCUAAUCAGAUGCAGCUUUUACUAUGUUACGACAAUGAGGGAGUAUAUGUAGAUACUGGUGGAAGAAUAUCAAAGAAUGUUAUACUACAGUGGGGAGAAUUACCUACAUCUGUUGCCUACAUCAGUACUGGACAGGUAAUGGGAUGGGGUAACAAGGCAAUAGAGAUACGAGCAGCUGAAACAGGACAUUUGGAUGGAGUCUUCAUGCAUAAAAAGGCACAGAAAUUAAAAUUUCUAUGUGAGAGGAAUGAUAAAGUAUUUUUCUCCUCGAUGCGAUCAGGAUCUUCAUGUCAGAUCUACUUCAUGACAUUAAGUAAGCCUGGUCUGGCUAAUUGGUGAUGUCUCGUGUACCAUUGCAUAAUAACCAUUGUUUCAGUGUAUCCACAUCCUUUGAUUCUAUUUAUGUCUGUAAGACUGGAUGAGGAAAUUUACAUUUAAUUGUUCACAAGCUUUAAAGGACACAAUUUAAAGUGACAAUUAUUUUCGAUCUCAUCUUAGUUUGGUGGCAUCAGAUAGAAUAGAUGGAUUUUGAGGAACAUGAACUUUUAAUGACCUGACCUUUGAAGAAUGGACAAAGAGACAAUGGAAGAUUAAAUUCUUUGCCUUUGUAAAAGGAGAAAUAAUACAACAAGCAUAAGUGCCAAAAUUAACUAUUUGUAAAUAUUAUACAGUUUUACAUAGGCACUCAAAAACCACAAAAAUGUAUAUUGUAAUAUACUAUUUUGAAUUGUGCAUUUUACCAACUUUUGAAUGACCAUUCAGAAGGCAUUACAAAUGAUGAAACUGCAUUGUUAAGAAUCAGGUUUAAAUGUACUAGAUUAUUAUUUCAAAUACUCAUUUAUUUUGCUAGGUUUAUGUUUUAAUCGAUUGCAUUAGAUCGGUAGAAAAUCAUGAAAAAAAUGCAAAAAUCGUAUAUAUGUCCUGCUUGGUUUUUAUAAAUCAUGCUUAUGAAAAAUUAUAGAUCUUCAUAUUAGUUUAAAAAAUCAUCAGGAAACUUGAGAAAAUUCAAAACAAUAACAAAUGCAGUUCAACAUUUUAAUUCUAUCAUGAACUAAGAAAUGUUUUCUUUGAAAAGAUCAGUUUAGUAGAACUAAAAUGAUAAUCAUUAAUUAGUGCACUGUUAAGAAAAACAAUCAGUACAUAGAGGUCAGGGUAUAUUAUAUUGCUUCAUAAUAUACGUUAUAUUUAUUGUAGAAUGCAUUCUGUUUUGUUUGUUUCUUUUGAUCUCAAUUAACUGAUGUGUGAUUGGAUAUAAUAAGGUCACAUGACGUAGCCUUUAAUUUCACAUGAAAUUCAGGUUACCUGCAAGGAAUUAAUAAAACUUGAUAAUAUUUUGCUCACAAUUUUUACAGAUAAUUAGUGAUGUAAUUAACAAAAAUAUUUCGGAGAAAAAAGGAACAGAAAAAUGGAUGUAUUUUGUAUAAAGAAAUGUAAAAAUGUCUAUAAAACCAGUAUUUAAUAAUAUAUCACUUCAUAUUUUUGUAAACAUUCUAGUCAUAUUGUAUGCAAUACGACCAAAUAUUUAAAAUGAAAAUAAACAAAUGUUAGCUUUGUUCUUACUUUAUACUUCGUGAAAAUUAGGUGUAUCAUUAAUGUAUUCAAAUUUACAAAGGUUUUUAUGAGAACAAAAUGAGGUCAUUUGAAGGAGUUUUCUGGCUCAGUUUAUAAUUUUUUCUUACCAAAUAUACUCUGGAUUUUAUAAAAUGUAAUAUUGAACUGGUUUUAUUCAAACAAUUUUUAUUUAUUAAGGGCUUACUAGUUUUACUUGUGUAUAAUUAGAUGAAUUUGAUUCUGUAAAGCUCAGAAAUAUUGUUUUUAUUUUAUUUGUAACAGAAUGAAAGAAAUAUUUUAUGAGGUUUUAAUUGUUAAGUGUAUUUUAUUAAGAUUUUGUAGACAUCGUUGAUAGACUAUAUAAAGAUCUGAUUAACCUUACAGGGGUCACUUGACUUAAAAUAAAAUUUUUACUGUAAGUGUAGAUUUUUGUUUUAUAUCCAUUACAAACUGCUCAAUGAUAGGAGGGAAAUCCCCUUACAACAAACAUGUUCAAUCCUGUAGAAACUUCUUCAAAAUAUCGGUGAAUUUAAUUUAUAAGAAUAUGUAUCAAUGGUUGUCAACAGUAUUUUAUAAUUGAAAGAAAUAUCAUUGGCAAAAUAUCUUGUGAAAUUGAUAUGUUCAAUUAUCUUUGUAAAAAGCUUCAGUUUUUCAUGAAAAUCUAACUUAUUGUUUAUAACUUAAACUUGGUAUUGCCUAACAAAUAAAAAGUUACUCUGCCCAAAACAAUAUCAUUAUACUAUGCAAUUUAAAAACCCUUAAUACUGUUGCCAGACCUAUACUUUCUAUAAAGUUUUUUUGUUGUUAUUUUAUUUCCAUUAAAAGAUUGACUUACAAAGUCAUUGUAGCUCAUGCUUAUGAGAAAGUGCAAUUUUACAAGAUAAUAAAUCUGAGUUUCUUA